GCUGGAGAGUAUUGGGCUAUUAUUCGUCAACACUUCCUCUCUGCCUUUAAGAGCGAACAAUAACAUGACACACAAGGGUAGUUUUGAUGUCCUCCACCCUGUAUGUCGUCACUAGCUUUUUUGUUACAAACUGAUAAACCUAUAGAGUUGAAACCAAACUUCGUUUGGAUCCUUGGUGCGCCUUAACACUAGCCAAGCCAAAGCAGAAUUUUCUCUUCCUGGGGUAAACAAAACUUUACUUACAACACAAUUAUGACACACUGAGUGAACAAUCAGCUCCGUGAAUUCAACCCCACUGUUAACCACAAGCUAAGACCAAACCUUAAAUGUAUAUAAAAGUGCACGCUUUCGUUUCUCAUCCCACUUCGUAACUCUAGAAAACCUUUGUUCCUCUGGUGGUCAUGGUGGCUAUUUUGCGCAUGCGUUUGUUUCCAGUAUCCAUACCAACCACGAGAAGUGGUUUGUAAAGUAAGUACAUCGAUCUACAUUAGUCUGUUCUGUAACGGUCUAUUCCAAGGGUUUUCGCGCAGUUUCUCUCGAAUCAACGUUUUUCAAUACAGGAAAAUACACUUUACGUGGGUAUGGAAACAUCUGUUCUUUUUCCCGGAGAGGCUGAAGGAUAUGUCCAAAAUUUAGAAACGUUCACACUCAGGGACGUAGGCUCUCCAAGGUGGUUCAGACAACAUGAGUACAUAGAGAAACUGAACAUGCAAGCAAUAUUGAACGCUUCAGCCACAGAGGACGAGUUCAUCAAAGAGUUCCUUGUUUCACUGGGAAAGAUCCCCACCUUGGUCCAUGAGAUGAUUCUGGUGGAGCUUUGGAAACAUAAGAUCUUUCCUAUCCUCUGUCAGCUCCAGGACUUCAAUCCAAAAAGCACAUUUCCUUUGUACAUGGUGAUACACCAUGAGGCUACAAUCAUCAAUCUGCUUGAGACCAUCAUGUUUCAUAAGGACUCGUGCGAAGCGGCGGAUGACUCAGUCCUGGACCUGGUGGACUACUGCCACCGCAAACUAACCCUUCUGGCCAACAGAGCGUCCAGGGAUGACAAUGCAAGCCCUUGCAAACGGAUUCCCUCAGAGAGUAAAGAUCUGUCUUCUAUCCAGGAUUUGCAGGGGCAGAACUCAGCAUUAGAGUUUGACAUCUCCCUCAAGGCUGUGUCCGUCCUGCGCUACAUCACGGAACACUCUGACAGCAUCAGUGUAAUCAAUAGGAUGCUGUGUACACAUAACCUGCCCUGCGUGUUGGUACAGCUGAUAGAGCACAGCCCCUGGAGUCACUAUUCUGAAGGCAAUAUGGAGAAGUACAUCAAUGGAAAAUGGCAGAAGAUUCCACCCGAAGACCAUCUGAAGAUGACUAAAUUGGAUGGCCAAAUCUGGAUUGCUCUGUACAACCUGGUGCUGAAGGAAGACUGCCAAAGGAAAUAUGACUUCAAUAACUUCAACAAGAACCAGCUCUUAAAGCUACGUGGUUUCCUGACUGAGGUGUUAAUUGACCAGCUGCCCAACCUGCUGGAGCUCCAGCGCUUCCUCAGUCACCUGUCUGUCACAGACCCUGCCCCCCCAAAGAAAGACCUCAUUUUGGAACAGAUUCCAGAGAUGUGGAACAGCAUCAUGCGGUCCAAUACAGGGAAGUGGAAGGCCAUUGCCAAGUAUCAAGUGAAGGAAAUGUUUAACCCUUCUGAGAAAGACCUGAGACAACAAGCAUCCAGACUGGCCCAGACCUACAACCUGGACGUGAUGGAGUGUUUAAUCCCAGAAAAGCCCAAGUGUGGAGUCUGUGGAGCAGAAGCUUCUAAGAGAUGCUCUCGCUGCCAGGGAGAAUGGUACUGCCGGAGGGAAUGCCAGGUGAAGCAUUGGCCUAAACACAAGGUUGCCUGCCAGCUGAUGGCUGAAGCCACAGAGAAGCUCCAGAAAGACUUAACUGUGAACCCUACAGAGGCCGAGGCAAAUAUAAUGGAUAGUUUGGACUGAGUCAAUGGUAGAUCUCCUGUCUGAUUUUUAUUUGGGAUGGGAUCAAAUUCUAUUGUUAUGACUAUGGACUGUUCUUGUAAACUGUUUUGAGGAUUGUUUGUUUCAAUUAAAUUCUAAUUUCUAAAUUGUAUUAAUGCAAACAUGGAAAGCUUUAUUCAGUUCCAACAGCAUUCUAACUUGAGUUUAGAAGGGUUAAGGUAAUUAACUGCUAAGCCUUCGGUAUCAAGCAGAGUUGAAAUCCUCUUGAUCUCAGACAAGUUGACAGUGAGUUGAAUUUACAUGUUGUACCUGGGAAGGAGAACUCAAAACCUGCAAAUGAAAUUGUGAUAAUUGGCUCCUUGUUUAUUUAGCAACAUGCUAGACAAUUAUAAGGAAAAGGUAUAUCCUUCUUGUAUACAUACUUUUUAACAGGAAAAUCCUGAAUUCAUGUCUCCUGGUGUUUUGACUCAUCUUGGUCUUGAUCCCAGGAUCAGUAUCUAUUAUGUUAGGGUUACAGCGAUGUAUCCAUUUCUCCAGAUUGUAUUUCAGAGUAACUUAACCCAGUUUAUUGUUUAAACUCUGCUUAUCCCACUUAAAGAUGGUGUGUCUACCAUAUUGUUUUUCUUAACACAAACUGUUAAAACAUUAAUUAAAACAGUCGAUUGCUGAUUGAA